CAGCACUGGCCAUAAUUAUUGAAGUACGCGAUCGCAAUGCAAUUACACAUAUUUGCAUACCAUGAGUGGACCAACCCAAGAAGAGCCUAACCGUAGCCGUAACCGUAAACACAGCAUCCACAAGCUUAAGGGAAAUGUCGCAAGCACAAACAACAGGUGUGCCACCAAUUUGGAGCUGUGAUACGCACAGACGCAGUCAUAAUCCACAACGCGAGCUUAAACAACAACAACAAUUGCAGUUGUCCACAUUGGUGACGGAACUGCGUCGUGCCACAAAUCAUUGGUUCCAGACCAAAGGCGAUGAUUGCUUUCAGCUGCUGGUGCAGACGUGUGUGCAAAUUCUGCAGCACGGACUAUUGCAGCCAACCACAAGCAAUGCAACGCUGCGUUUAGUUGAGGAUUUUGAAUUUCUGCGUCUCACGGAGUUGCAACAGGCGUUGCAGCAUCAGCCAUCCGGCAAAGGCACAUCGAGAAAUCGCACAGUGGGCGUUACGGAGUUCCUGCAACAGUGGGUGGCAAGCUGUUUGCAUUCCCGCUGCCUGUCACGUUGCAUUCAGUCGCUGGUGGCGGACAAGGAACUGCUCGACACAUACUAUCAACGGGAUGUGGCAUAUUUGCGGCAUAGUGGACAUGCCACAGCGCUGUUUGUCUGCCUCACGGCCGUACAGUUGGACCAGAGCAGUCUGCUGAGUCAACUGGAGCCGUUGCACAAGCGACGCCAUCGACGCACCUCCUCGCAGCCCAAUUUCAGCCAGACGAUGUCGCAACGUUUGCAUGUGGUGCAGGAGGAGGAGCACUUGCCACGUCCACGUUCACUGUAUCAUCCACAGCAGCAGCAGUGUAAUCUGUUGCGGCGGAUCAAAAGUUUGCCCAGUCUUUACCCAAGCGAUGCCAGUGCCAUGGAUGGAGCAGGAGCAGCAGCAGCAGCUUCUGUGGUUCGGCCACGUUGUCAGACGUACAACAGUCCGCGUGCCCGUUGGGGCAGAACUGAGUUGCCAGCGUUGAGCGGCUCCACCAUCAGCACGGCGAGCAGUUGCAGUCAAGUGUCGCCAUCGCCGUCGCCACGACGCAUUCAGCUGAUCAACUGUGAUGACAUCAAGAUCUGGACAGAUCAAACGACCAGCAGCAACAACAACAAUAGCAACAACACACCAACUACACCAAUUGCACCCGCUACUUUAAAGCGGAUGCAGUGCCUCAAGCGCGCCAGUCCGCUCAACAGCAUUCUGGGUAAUCUCUUUGGCUCGCCUCCGUUGUAUACCAGCUGGUACAAUCGCAAUCUUGGCCAGGAAGAUGAGGCAAGCAGUGUGCUGGACAAUUUUCUGCCCAUCAAUGGACGCAAGCUGGACAAACGGCAUCAACAGUCGUUGUUUGAAGGUGUCAGCAUGUUGGACUACAACAACUGUGAGGCAGAGGCGCAGUUGCAGACAGAAGCAACGCCAACAACAUUGACAACACCACCUGUGGACAUUAUGGGCAGUCCGGUGGUGAUGAGCCAGGAGUAUAAUAGCGCCAGUUGCAGCAGCAAUACGACACCAUGCAGCCUAAGCAGCGACAGCAACUCCAAUUCCAACAAGAUGGACAAUCAAAGUCUGGCCGCAUUCUUACAAAUGUCACGUUAUACGCACAACAACACGGAGCUGGAGAAAGAGAAUGCACACUUUCGCAUCUCGGAGGCGUGCAUUACGGCCAUUGAGCAUGUGAAGUGGAGCAGACGUCGUCAACAGCAGCCGGCGAAAGCAGAAGAUGCAGCUGAAGCUGCAGCUGGAGCUGCUGUCCAGACAGAUGUCGAUAGCUUGCUCAUUCCAUAUGUGGAACAGCACAAUAGCAAUAGCAACAAUAACAGCGCUGAGGCCGUUGGCUUGCAAUUGAUAUCCCGCUUCAAGGAUCAACAGUUGCCCAAGCUGGCUGAUCUCAAAUGGCUGGUGUCGGAGCAGGAUACGCCACAGCAGCUGCUGCCAAUGCCCAAGCUACAACAGGAGCAACAACAGCAACUGCACGAAGAGGAACUGCAGCAGUCGAGCCUGACACGCGGCACACGCACCUGGGCACCGCCGCGUCAACAGAUUAUAUUCACGGAGCAUGCGCCAGCAAGUCGUUCCCAGCUGCUGACACGUCAGCAUUAUCGCUGUGCCGGCUGUGGCAUGCAUGUGACGCGACAGUUGCAGCAGCAUUUUCGCUAUUGCAACUAUUUGGGCAAAUAUCUAUGCACCGGCUGCCAUCGCAAUCAAUUGUCGGCCAUUCCCGCCAAGAUACUGCAAUCCUGGGACUUUCGCUCUUAUCCAGUCAGCUCAUUUGCCUAUCGCCUCAUCGAACAGAUGUAUACGUUUCCGCUCUUCCAUGUCCCCGAUCUCAAUGCUCAGCUCUAUGCGAAGCAAAAGGUUUUGGCCAAGGAGCGUCGACGUCGUCAGCAGUUGAGAUAUGUGCGUGAUUUCAUUGCCGCCUGCCGUUUUGCCACCAGAGAGCAGGCGCUCUUCAAUGCGGUGCCGGCGCAUAUAACCAACGAUCCGGACAUGUGGUCCAUGUGUGAUUUUGUCGAUGUGCAAAACAGUAGCAUGAGGCGUUCUAUUGAAGAUUUGAUUGCACUGAGCGAACAGCAUGUGAACAACUGUGUGCUCUGCACGGGACGCGCUUUUGUCUGUGAAUAUUGCAAAAGUCCGAAGCUCAUCUAUCGCUGGCAACGCAAGGUGCAACGUUGUGGCCAGUGUGGCACCUGCUGCCAUUACAAUUGCUGGAAGGCCAAUUCAGGUGGCAGUUGUCAACGCUGUGAUCGAUUGCAGGGAAGGCUGCAUCAACGAUCUGCUCCAGCUGCUUUAAGCAAUACCAACAGCAUGGGUAGCUAGCGAUCGAUAACGAUAAGAAUUAACUUCCAUAUGUAUAUUGUAUAUAACCUGUAAAUUACCAAAUUUUAUAGCAAAUUGUACCUCAAGCGAAUGAUGAUGACCCAUGUUGAUUUUAUAAAUUAUACAAAUAUUUAUUUUAUUAUAUCAAAA